CGAGUAUGCUGUAUUAACGACAAAAUUGCUCAGCAAAUUUUUAUUUACUACGGGUUUACGAGCAAAGAAAACAUUGCGAUUAUGCGUUGUAGCUCGGGUUAUGUGGCGGAAUGGCAGAAGGCACUGGAAGCACUGUUGAAAUCAUCGAAAUCGGCACGCGGGUGGUUCAUUUGUAAUAUAUUGUUUCAAUCAAAAACGAUUGUGCGAUAUUUCUUUACAAAUGUUUUCGCACUGCUUUUGAAUGCAACUCGAAAUGAUUUAAUCAGUGAUUUACAGCCAUUUAUAGAUGAAUGUCCAGAAUUUAAUUUUGAUGCACUUCAAGCGAUGGGUGAUACGGUAUCGGACAUGCUUAUCUCGCUGCUACUAAUCAUUCCGCGCAGUCAUUUCCACGAAUUCUGCUCUCAUCCUACUCAGUAUAUUGUUUUGUUUAGUCUUUACGCGCAAUCUGGUCUCGAACAGAGGAAGCAACUGGUGCGAAAGGGUGCCCUCACUGCAUUGAUGAUGUUGAUUUCGGUGGAGGAUUAUCGUUUAAAAGUAAUUUAUCAGGAUAAUUCAAAGUUGUAUGAAGUAAUUUCGCUGCUCCUGAGAUCCUGUCGAUUUGAGUGGCAAACAGAGGAAAUGGGCACAAAUCCGUAUGCUAUUACUGAUACCGACUUGAUUCUUGCGCCGGCAAAUGUUAUCGAUUGGACCAACGAGCCGGUUCUUGUUAAAAGAUUUUUGAAACAGCUCGUCGAUCUACCUAGUGAUCAUGGAGUGGCUGUGGAUACGAUGUUGUUCUUGAGUUGGGAAAAUCUUCAUUUUACUAAAAUCCUUCUCCAUCACUUCUCACUUGAG